GCAGUUGAAGCCACGUUGAGUGAUCCCGAUGACUAAGUUUCAAGUAAAGGGGCUGAACUUGAAAUUUCACCUUCAGGAGUGUCUCUUUCCCGCGGUUCACUUUUCACCCAUCCAUGGCUUAAGUUGCCCAGAAUGCAUUUGGAUCAGGCACCGAGAGGAAGAUCCCGGUCCAGGUCCUCGUCGCCUGAAAAGGGUUUCUCGGGCCCUGAGGAGUAUCCGAUGCAUGUCCUGGCCCAUGAGGAUCCAGCAGGAAAUCACCCAUUCGUGAUCGUCACCAGGCCGAGUACGGACUCCAUGCACGCCGACAACGACCAUAUGCAGGGCACCGAUGAGCCGCUUCUGCCAACAGCAAGCUCAUAUUCGCGCCCUGUUAAAGAUUCGGAUCGAUUCUCGUGCUCACUCUCUAAGAUCCGUGCGUGGAUUAAAGGGCCAUCACCGCCGCGCAAGUAUCAGAUCAACCCUUGGCUGCGCCGAUGGCAAACUGCACCUGGUCGGCUCGUGGAACGGUACUUUCCCAGCACGAGCGCCAAAGUGUGGUUUCUUCUCCUCUCUCUGGGUAUUUGGGGCGCUGUGUUCAUAGAGACUUUGCAUUAUUCUAUCACUGCCCAGGAGAUCCCGGGCUAUGGAAAACCUGUAGAACUUCCAUGUUAUGGCGGACUGUGGUAUGGUCGAACGCUACUAAUUGCGGGAUUGAUGGCGAUGCUUGCCGUCCCUUUGACAAAGGAGGGUUUGCAUUCCGCUGUCCUGCGGGUUGCGCCUCCCUGAUGGUUCUUGAACCAUACUACGUAGGCCUGGAGGAGAUCAAUUACAGGAGCCUUGUCAUCGGAGGUGGUGGGGAGAGCUCUGGAGGUAACAACUUCGGCAUAUACCGUGGUGACUCCGCGAUUUGCUCUGCGGCACUGCACGCUGGAAUCAUUAGCGACCAGAAGGGUGGUUGCGGCAUUUUGCGCCGGACAGGCGAAUACUCCGGAUUUGUAUCCAUUGAAAAGAAUGGGAUAUCAAGCAUAGGCUUCCCGUCUAGUUUCCCACUUUCUUUUACCUUUGGUAGCGGAGAGUCUUCAGACGCGGGCAGUGUUAGCUGUCAGGAUCUCCGGUGGCCGUUGUUCACCUUCUCAUUGAUAGUGACUACCUUGCUAUCACUAUUCAUUACGUCGCCUGCAGCAUUUUACGCUUCUAUAUACUUCAUCGUCUACUUCCAAGUAGCUCUUUCCUCUGACCACCCCUAUUCCCCAGAUUACUACGAAGUGGUAUCCACCGCACUGGGUCGGUUUCUUCCUUGUGCCUUCGUUGGAUUCGCAAUGUACUAUUUCUGUGUUCGCCACACGCUAAAGGAUCUAGAUGCCCAUUGGGACAAGACAGUUCUCUGGCUAGGUCCGUGCUGGGUGGGAGCUCUCAACACCGACACAUUCGACAAGAUCCCAAUCUCCCGUCUCACACCCCACGACAUCCAACAACAACCGGGCGCCAUUCCCGCGCUGAUCAUCAUCGUCGCUCUUAUCGUCCUCAUAGUGCUCGGUCAAGCUUACGCAUUCCGAAACGAGGGCCGGUUUCUUCAAAUGCUAUCUAUAUACGGCAUCAUGGUCGGUUGCAUCAUGGCCCUACUGAUUGUGCCAAACAUGAAUCUACGAAUCCACCACUACAUCUUAAGCCUCCUUUUCCUCCCAGGGACAACCCUCCAAACCAGACCUAGUUUGCUCUAUCAAGGUCUCUUGGUCGGCUUGUUCGUCAACGGUAUCGCAAGGUGGGGCUUCGACAGCAUUCUCCAGACAGCAGCUGCCCUGCUCGACGGCGCUGAGCUGGGAAGUAUGCUUCCCGUAAUCGGGGCACCCUUGAUACCCUCGGCUCAGAACAUCAUCUUCAAUUUCCCGGAUAUCACCGAGGAUGCGGAUGGGAUCAGCGUACUGGUGAAUGAUGUUGAACGCUUCCAGGCCUUCAAGUCAGACAAUGGCUCCGUUGACUCGUUCAACUGGACCCGUAUUAGGUCCGAUGUACCGGAGUAUUUUCGGUUCGGGUAUGUUAAGAUGAACGCACUCGGUGGGAUCUGGUAUGAGGAUUUUACGAAGCCUGCUGUUUGGGAGGCGGAUGGGCAGUGGAAUAGCUCCGGCAAGGGUUGAGAAGGUGUGUGUUGUCCUUAAAGGGCUUUUUUUAUCAUUCCGUAUCCAUAUAUAAAGUGUAUAUAUUACUGUCAGGUCCACGUACGGACCAUCACUCUAG